AUGAAGCAACCUCCGGGAUACGAGGAUCCCACUACUCCUGGGCAUGUCUGUCAUCUACAGCGGUCUCUUUAUGGUUUGAAACAGGCUCCUCGGGCCUGGUUCAAACGGCUUCAUGACUUUUUGUUUUCUGUAGGGUUCAAGUCGUCCAAAACAGAUGUUUCUCUCUUUUAUUACACUACAGGGGACUCCCGCGUUUUUCUGUUAGUCUACGUCGAUGAUAUCAUUAUGAUGGGCAAUGACGCUAAACUGGUGGCUACUCUUCUGCAACGGCUUUCUACAACCUUCAAGAUUCGCGACCUUGGCACACCAGGCUUCUUCUUGGGAAUCGAAACUGUUGCGGUAGGCGAUGACCUUGUUCUCUCCCAGCGUCGCUAUAUGACAAACCUACUAGGCCGUUCUGGUAUGACGAAUUGUAAGCCCCUUGCCACACCUGCGGCUGUCACUAAGGCGAUUACUCCGUUUGACCAACUGUUUGAGAAUCCGACGCAAUAUUGGCGCAUUGUCGGAGCCUUGCAGUACUUGACUAUCACUAGGCCUGAUUUGGCAUAUUCGGUCAAUCACUUAUGUCAAUUUAUGCACUUCCCGACGGUCGAACAUUGGAGCUUUGUGAAACGUGUGUUGCGCUACAUCAAGGGAACCCUCGAUUAUGGGCUACGUUUCACCCCGUCCGCUUCAACCAGCAUUCAGGCAUUUUCCGACUCAGACUGGGCCGGUUGUCCGAUUGAUAGAAAGAGUACAAGUGGGUUCGCGGUCUACCUUGGAUCUAACCUCAUAUCUUGGCUCUCCAAGAAACAGCGCACCGUGGCUCGCUCUUCCACCGAGGCGGAAUACAAAGCUUUGGCGGAUGUGUCCGCCGAAGUCACCUAG